CGUCUUUAGCAUUUAUUUCUUUCUUUGACAAUGAAAUUGUUAGUAGCUCUCUGUGCAUUAAUUGCUUUAUGCGCUGUAAAUGCUAUUCCUCUGGUGCCGGAGGACAAUAGCCACUAUGUAGAAGGAGUGAGUCGUUAUAUCUGGAUGCCUGACGGAGAUGGUAACCCCCACCUUGUCGAUCUCUAUGAACCUGCUGAUGAAAAUUUUCUGGCAACCAGAAACGGGAACAAAAACCAGUAUUGGCUAUUUACCCGGCAAAAUCGUAAUAACCGUCAAGUACUCGUGAACGGUAACGCGAAUUCCAUACGUAAUUCUUUCUACAGAGGAAAUAGACCAACAGCAGUAAUUGCUCACGGCUGGAAUAGCGGUGGAACUUCGAGCUGGGUUACACAAAUGGUAACAGCUUUUCUUGACCGUGCAGACAUGAAUGUCAUCGUUCUUGAUUGGAGUUCUACUGCCAGCGGUUUGUACACAACUUCAGUAAGAGCAGUGCCCGACGUUGGUAGACACCUUGCUAACUUCCUUAGAUUUCUUUUCAAUACUGCUGGUGGCAACUGGAAUAACGUUCACUUAGUUGGUCACAGUUUGGGUGCUCAUGUUAUGGGCAAUGCUGGUCGUGCGGCCCCCUCUCGUCCUGUUCGUGUUACUGGUUUAGACCCAGCUGGACCACAGUGGGGUGGUAAUUCUAAUGCCCUAAAUCGUAACUCUGCUAUAUACGUCGAAUCUAUUCACACCGACGGCGGUUCUCUUGGUAUAAUGGAUCCAAUUUCUCAUGCUGACUUUUACCCUAAUGGUGGCCGAAAUCGCCAGCCUGGUUGUAGCAAUAACUUAUGCUCUCACAGUCGUGCCCAGGCUUUGUUUUCUUCAACUGUCAGAAAUGAUCAUUUGAAUGGAAGACGUUGUGCAAAUUUGGACCAAGCUCGUAAAAAUCAAUGUACAGGAUCCAAUCUCAAGAUGGGUAAUUCUAACUUGAGUAAAAGAGGAAAUGGUUUGUACGGGCUUUCUACAGGAGCAAAUUGGCCUUUUUAAGGAUAUGGACACAAAAAGUAAAACUCAUAAACUGAUAGGAUUAAAAUAAACUAUUUAUAUUCCUUGAUA